AUGGCAUCUUUGAACGCAAAUAAAAAAACCGAAAAUGAUUACGCAUUAUCAAACUCAUUUAAGCAUGAAUCAUCUUCAAAUGAAGAUGAAGAAACAAUUAAGAAACCUGAAAAUGAAGAAAUUAGGAUUAUAACAAAGACUACAAAUGCUCCUGAAUCUGCAGUAAAUUUCAUAUUAAGAUCAGCCAGUUUAUGGCAAUGCUGUGUGCCGGUUUUUAGGUCCAUGAUGGGUUCUCUCUUGGAUGUUGUCAAACAUGGAGUAAUUCGAUUUCAAUUUGAUUCAUCGAAGUUUUUACUUAAGUAA